AUGGGAGACCUUUUUUCCUUAUUUUGGGAGGUGGAUCCUCCUCCCCUACCUUUAAGUUUUCCUAUUCCAAGUCAGGAUUAUGAAUGCCAGAAGGAUGACUCUUGCGGGGCAAUAGGGAGCUUCCUGCUUUGGUAUUUUGUCAUUAUAUUGGUCCUGAUGUUCUUUUCGCGGGCUUCUGUCUGGAUGUCAGAGAAGAAAAAGGAUGAAGACAGUGGGACCAGCACCUCGGUCAGUAAAGCGAGCAAAGAUGCUUCCUUUAAGUGGCAAAGCAAAGAUGGUGACUGGGCCUCUUCAAUGAUGAAAAAACCAAAGCAGAGCCAACUCACCCCUGUAACUGACUCUGAAGUGACUUUGGUCAACGCCUCUCUGGAACAAAGACGAGCCAGGCGCCAUUCUCAAUUCAGCCGGGUGAAUCAGACCCAACGUGAUAGUGAUACUACCGAGUGUGACGGUGAAGAAUCUAACUCGGGAGCCUCUUCGUGGAAGGAGAGUGAAAGUGAACAUCACCCAUCACCAGCUAGUAUUCAGAAGAGGAAAAUAGCUCAGAGGCAAAGGAAUGCGGGAAGCUACCAAACCAGGGAAAGGCCCUGCCUCCACUGCAAGGCCAUGAGAACCAGUGAGUGGUUGACACGCCAUUUCCUUCAAAACACUUCAGGAACAACCCACACGAAGGCAGAUAUUCAAGAGGAAAAUCGUGUACCUGACAUUAGCACAAAGUACAGCAAAAUUUGA